GAUUUGGCAUUUUGGGACUCUUGUCCACAAAUGGACAAUGAGGUUUGAGGCGAAACAUAGUUUUUUUAAACAAAUUGCUCGCCAUACAAACUGUUUUAAGAACAUACCUGUUACACUUGCCAAAAAACAUCAGCUCGUGAUUGCCUCUGACUUGCACUCUUCUGACCAUAAGACACCUUUAAUGGUAAAUGUUGGAUCAUCAGUACCAGUUGAUGUUCUGAAAAGUGAUAUCGCAGUAGCUAUAAAGCAAAGAUUACCUGAUGAAACUGAUGUCCAUAUUACAAAAAGCGUGUCAUACAAUGGCAUGAACUACAGCACAGGAAUGAUAGUUGUUCAUGGGCAAUUAUUUGGUUUGCCGGAGUUUGCAGAAAUUCUGCAGAUUUUUAUUUUGCAUGGCAGAAUAUACUUUUUUGUAAAAAAGUUAUCUGCUUGGUAUCGAGAGCACUUCAGAGCUUUUGAACUUGACAUGUCACAUGUGAGAGAGGUGUCUCUGAUUGAGCAUGGGGAACUACUCGAUGACUACCCGUUAGCUGCCUAUUCAGUGGGAGGCCUGCGUCUGGUUACUCUGAAGAGACACACUAACUUGCAGGGUAAACAGGAGUGAUGUUUGUCAACAUGAUGGCCCAGCCCAUAAGACUGAGGAUCAUUCUCGGAGAAGAUGAUGCCAGGAAACUAAUUUUACCAGCUGGGAUUUCAGACUCCAUUGAGCAAUUGUGUCAGGAAGUAAAGACAAAUUUUGGAGUGCAACAGGAUUUUCGUCUUCAAUAUCAAGAUCCUGAUUUCGGAAAUGAGUUCAUAAAUCUGACUGCAAUCUCUGAAAUUAAUGAUAAAGCAACUUUAAAGGUUGUAUACUUGGAUAGUGUGCAGUUGCAAAGUUUUACAGAAGAUGAGGGAGUGACGUGUCAACCAGUGCGAAGUCCAACACAUUCCUUUUCAAGCUCUUCAGCAGACACAGACAAUACAAGGCCCGUUUCAUCGUCAGGUUCAUCACCGUCUACAAGACUGUCAGUGUGGCCAAGUGUCUUCACAGUCCCUCGUUUCAGCUAUGAGGCUGAACUGCAACUUGAAAAGGCCAAUGCUGAGUUCAUUGCUGGUGGAACUCAUUUGACCCCCUCACCAAAACUGAAAUCCCACCUUUUAGAAAGGCUGGGUGAAGAAAUAAUAACAUUUAAAGUCUAUCCAACUGACAAUGACCUGAAUGAAGUUGCAGAAGCCCUUGUCAAACAGCAUCCUUGUCUGAGGGAGCAGGGAUCCUUCAAUGGCUGUUAUGGUUGGAAAAUUAGCCUCAAGUAUAAAAUGGCCAAUGUCCGGACCAAACUGAGAGGCCUAGGCUGUGCUGAGGUGUUGGUAAAUUCACUAAAGAACAAGGCCCAAGACAAAAGUCAGGCAGCAUUGAAUAUGAAAAAGCCUAGAAGAGCAGAAGUCAAUUACUGUCCGCAGUAUCCAAAAGGAGAAACUACUGACAGCCUGGAAAAAGAGAGAAUUGCACUGCUUUCAGAGGUUCAGAAGAGAAACAAUGACAAUAUAGUGACAAUGAAAAUGCAGAAGACUUUUUCGUACAGAAGGCAAGAAGUUAUUCAAGGACAGCCCUUCAUUGCAGAUUUUAAAAGCAGAUGGCCAGCUCUGUUCACCGAGAAAGAGAUUGACAAGGAAUUCCUGCGCAUAUCGACAGUACCGCUGCUAUCUAGAUUCUUUUAUGAGCUAGACUUGUACACUCCACGCAUGAUGGAGCUCUUUCGAGGCAAAGGUGGGGUGGCUGGCAGAAAAAUGAGACACAUCAUGGUGGCCAUCUCCAAGGAUGACACAAUACAUACAAGGCGAGCAUGCAUCCUGAAGUCCUUGUGUGUCUACCUGAAUGAAGACCAUGAGAAACUUGUGAAGGAAUAUACGAACACUGAGGCCAACACUGAAGCCAUGGAACAAACUGUGAUGGGAGUGUAUGUCAUACAUCAGGAGGGUGCGGAGCCUGGAGAUGACCCAGAGAACAUCGGUGUCCUGAUUGAAGGCGUUGAGGUUCUCACUGGUUUGAGGAGCAUUGCAAUUGCUUGUGCUCUGUUAUUUGGACUGAUAUACUGUCUGAACCUAAGCUACCCACCGGAGCUCAAAUGCACUUUUGAAGUCUUGCAAAAGAUUAUCAUGAAGCUGGAUGGGCAGAGGUUGUCAUCCAAGGCACAGUUCCUAAAAAACAAGCUAAUGGGGUGAAUGAGCUUGAAACAGACUCAGGCAUGCCAGACAUUUUUUUCAAGGUUUCUGCAAUGCAAAUAUGUGUUUACCGUUUUAAAGUUUAAUUGUAAGUUAUAAAAUGUUCAUAUAAACUAUGUGGUUUGCUCUGUGGCUAUUAGACAAAGAUUGUUCGUUCAUAACUUAAAGUCUUAUACACUUGAAGUGUAAACACGGAUUUUUGCCAGAUGGGCAAUUGUUACAAAGGCAAAUGCACACUGGUUUUCACAAAUUGUUUGAGUGGAGCAGUUAUACUCAAAAUUGAAUGUUUUCUCCACACGUUAAAUAGCAUAAAGUCACUAUUAAUGGAUACAGCCUGAUUAAAUGGAGUACUAAUGUAUGCAAGCAACAUAGUAAUGUUGAAUGUUAUGUCUGAGCUUUAAAUUGUGUUAAAAUACAUAUUGUUGUUUGCAAUGCAUAUUUUACUACAUUUUACAAAAGUUGCUUUAGGGAUAAUAUUUUUUGUCUGCAAACUAUUCAACUGACUUAUUUCAUUUUUAUUAUUAGGGUUAGGGUUAUUUUAUUGUAUUUUUUUGUUUCAGUCAGCAUGUCUUGAUCUGGAAGUUCUGUGGUCUUAGUAUGAGAUGGUUAAAGGGGAGAAAGCUAGGCUGAACUGGGAUCCUGCCAACUGUUUUAAGAAUGUUCAAGCAAAAUAAAAGAGAUGGUUUUGCAAGUUA